AUGACGCCGCUGACGGGGAGACUGCAGACGCUUGGCUUUGACGGGUCGAUGAUGAACGGCCUGAACAUCCUGCCCUCGUACACGGACUACUUCACCUUGACCACGACCACGCUGGCGCUCAACACGGCAUCGGUGUGGAUGGGCAGCGCGAUCGCGGGCAUCACAUUCGCCAAAGUCCCCGACUGGAUCGGCCGAAAAUGGGCCCUGUUGGCGGGUGCAGUCGUCACGAUCGUGGGUGUCAUCCUCCAGGCCGCCGCCCAGAACAUCGCCAUGUUUGUCAUUGCGAGGAUCAUCAUUGGGUUUGGCACCGGCGCCUCUUCCAUCGCUGCUCCCGUGUACUUGUCCGAGACGGUCCCGGUCAAGCUCCGAGCGCUGUCGCUGGCUCUGCUGUAUGAUUUCUGGUAUGUCGGUGGGUUGAUCGCCGCGGGUAUCACUUAUGGCACUGCAAAGAUGGACUCGACGUGGGCAUGGCGCCUCCCGUCAGCGCUCCAGGGACUGUUUAGCCUUCUCUGCAUCAUCCUCAUUCCCUUCACACCAGAGUCUCCGCGAUGGCUCCAGAACCAGGGACGCAGUCAAGACGCUCUGCUGGCAUUGGCCCAGACACAUUCGAACGGCAACGUCGACGACCCUGCCGUGAUGGUCCAAUUCCGGCAGAUCACCGACACGCUGGCCUUCGAGAAGUCGUUUGAGCAACCGACGUUCGUCAAGCAACUUGUCGACAGCUCGUCCACGCGCAGACGCAUCUUCCUGGUCUGCACCGUGGCCGUUUUCUCCAUGCUUUCCGGCAACAACAUCAUCUCGUACUACUUCGGCACUAUGUUGACGCAGGCCGGCGUCACCGACCCCACCACGCAACUGGAGAUCAACAUCAUCUUGAAUGCCUGGUGUCUCGCCGUCUCUCUCGUCGGCACCGCCAUGGCUGACAAGCUCGGCCGAAAAUCCCUCGCCGCCAUCUCCACCGGGCUGCUGACCGUCUUCAUCUUCCUGGUCGGCGCCCUGACCAAGGUGUACGGAGAUUCCCACAACAACCACUCGGGCAUCUACGGCACGGUUGCCGCAAUCUUUCUGUUUCAGGGGGCCUAUAGCUUUGGCUGGACGCCCCUCACGGUGCUGUACCCGCCUGAGGUGCUCAACUAUGGCAUCCGCUCCCUCGGCAUGGGUAUCUAUACGUUCCUCGUCAAUGGCGUCGGCCUGAUGGUCACCUUCUCGUUCCCGUUUGCCCUGGAGGCCAUCGGGUGGAAGACGUACAUGAUCAACGGCGCGUGGGACGUGGUCGAACUGGUCGUCGUGUUGGUCUUCUGGGUGGAGACCCGUGGACGCACCCUCGAGGAAAUCGAUGAGAAUCUCGAUGGCGAGGUCCACUCCGCGGCGCCAAAACUGCAGGCCAUUAUGGGGGUUGCGCCGGCGGAGAGAGCCGAGAUUGUCGAUGCACUCGAGUUGGGGAAGGACAAGGACGUCGAGGUCCGAGGUGAGGUUAGAGAGGUCACGAAGGAGUAG